GACGAUCUUUCCUAUGCUCCCUCUCCCGUAUUAACCUCUCUCUCUCUCUUUCUCUCUCUCUCUAACUCACUCUCUCACUCCUCUCAAUUCCUCCGAUCGGCCUCUUCGUCAUAUCCAUUAUUAUACGGUCGUUUCCCAUUGUUGCUGCAUUCGGUUUAUUAGAUUAUUCUGAUUACAAGGUGGAAAAAUGGCUUCUGUCACCCAGCCUCCAGCGUCAUUCACUGGGAAUUUGGCUUCGAAACCAACUGCUUCAGAUAUUCUUAGGAGCUCGAGUAAUGGUGCCUGUGGUGUACCCCUAAGAUCCCUUGGAAGAUCCCAAUUAGGGGCAAAAAGGAGAGACUUCACUAUAUCUGCCAAGGUCAGGAAAGUUAAAAAGCAUGAAUAUCCGUGGCCGGAAGAUCCCGACCUAGAUGUUAAGGGUGGAGUCCUUAGCCACCUCUCUCCUUUCAAGCCUUUGAGAGAGAAGCCAAAGCCAGUCACACUUGAUUUCGAGAAACCUCUUAUGGAUCUGCAGAAAAAAAUAAUCGACGUGCAAAAGAUGGCAAACGAAACUGGCCUGGAUUUCAGCGAUCAAAUUAUCUCACUAGAGAAUAAAUAUCAACAGGCUCUGAAGGAUCUUUACACACAUCUGACCCCUAUACAACGUGUGAACAUUGCACGGCAUCCCAACAGGCCGACAUUCCUUGAUCAUGUCUUCAAUAUUACUGAGAAGUUUGUAGAGCUCCACGGUGAUCGAGCUGGAUAUGACGAUCCUGCAGUAGUCACUGGACUCGGUACCAUAAAUGGCAGAAGUUACAUGUUCAUGGGCCAACAGAAAGGAAGGAACACAAAAGAGAAUAUUCAGCGCAACUUUGGGAUGCCUACCCCUCACGGUUACAGGAAGGCACUACGCAUGAUGCAUUAUGCUGAUCACCAUGGAUUUCCCAUUGUCACCUUCAUUGAUACUCCAGGGGCGUAUGCUGACCUUAAGUCUGAGGAACUGGGCCAAGGGGAAGCAAUAGCACAGAACUUGAGGACUAUGUUCGGUCUGAAAGUACCAAUUGUUUCAAUUGUUAUGGGUGAGGGUGGCUCUGGUGGGGCUCUGGCUAUUGGCUGUGCUAACAAGCUGUUAAUGCUUGAAAAUGCAGUCUUCUAUGUUGCCAGUCCUGAAGCAUGUGCUGCAAUCUUAUGGAAGACUGCAAAAGCUUCACCAAAGGCUGCUGAGAAGCUAAAGAUAACAGCUACAGAGCUGACCAAGCUACAAAUUUGUGAUGGUGUUAUCCCUGAACCUCUAGGUGGUGCACAUGCAGAUUCCUAUUGGACUUCACAACAGAUCAAAACUGCAAUUAUUGAGUCAAUGGAUGAACUUACAAAGAUGGACACAGAAACACUUCUAAAACACAGGGCUCAAAAGUUCCGGAAACUUGGUGGAUUCCAGGAAGGAAUUCCAAUCGAUCCCAAAAGAAAGGUCAACAUGAAAAAGAAAGAAGAACCCAUAAUGCCUAUAAGUAUGACUUCGGAAGUGGAGUUAAGAGAUGAAGUUGAAAAACUGAAACAACAGAUUCUAGAAGCCAGUAAAUCUUCUUCAGGGUCUGCAGAUACAGGGUUGAAGGGUAUGAUUGAGAAGCUAAAAAUAGAGCUCGAUUAUGAAUAUGACAAGGCUGCAAAAUCUCUAGGCAUGGAGGAAAAGAUUCUGAUGGUGCGUGAAGAAAUUGCAAAAGCAAGGAAUGUGAACGACCAGCUCGCACAUCCUGCUGCUUUACAGGAAAAAAUCGAGCACCUGAUGGAAGAGUUUCAGAGAAACCUUCCCACAGCACCUAAUUACUCCAGCCUGAGAUACAAGCUCGAUACUCUGAAAGAGUUAUCCAAUUCUCUAAAUCCCUCGAAGAAGAGCGCCACCAAAGAUGAACUGAAAAUCGAAAUCAAUAAGAGAUUCAACGAGUUUGUUGAUCGGCCUGAAAUAAAACAAAAGAUUGAGACGCUGAAGUCUGAAAUAGCAAAGUCGGAUGUCGAUGCAAGCCCGGAAUUACAGAGAAAGAUUGCACAGUUGAGCGCAGAAUUAGAUGCGGAAUUUAAGGAUGUCCUUAACUCAUUGGGGUUGCAAGUUGUCUCUUCAGACAGAGCAACCAAGGCGAAAGUAGAUGCUUUUCAUGAGGAAGUUACUAUGAUUAUAGACGAUUUCGUAAACUCUUCGGAUUUGAAAGAGAAGAUCGAGGUUUUAAAGGCAGAGGUGGCAAAAGCAGGAGAUACACCAGAUGAAGAAUCGAAGAGUAAGAUCGAGGCUUUAGCUGCAGAAGUGAAACAAGUCAUAAAGGAGGCUGUAAGUUCAAAGGAAUUAAAGGAGAAGCAUGAGAAGUUGGUGGCUGAGAUAUUAGAAGAUAACGAAGAUGACGACUCUGAAGUAGAUGAAUCUCAAGUAAAUGUCGAUCUAGAAGUUAACCGAAGCUUUGUCUGAGAAAAUUCUACUACAGGUGAAGAUUGUUGUUCGAACUAUAUUUUACAUGCUAUGUUGUUUCUAUUUUUUUUUUUACUUCUAGUUUUGGGGAUUUUGAUUUGGAAAAAUGUUAGGUGGCGUAGAGAAUUUGCUUGGAUGUUUGUUUCUAAAUUAUUUUUUUGAUUUUAGUUCAGUUUGAUUGU